AUCAUUUGCUGAUAUUUCAUGCAGUAUGAGAGUACAGCUCAGCUGAUAACAGUAGGCCAAACUGUUGUUAGCAACGAUAGGUGGGUGAAGUCCUUGGGCGAAAUCGUGAAUACUGCCCUGGCAUUACCGGCAGUUUGUACGGGCCGAUUUCUGAAGGAUACCGACUUUGUGCAUGAUGGCGUCUAAGAUUCCUCCUGAGCCAGGUAUUGAUCCAGUCUGCACGGUCUGCCUCCAAACCCCUGAUGUACUGAAAGUUUUAACGACCUGCAAGCAUCUUUGCUGUGUUGAAUGCCUCUCCAAACACCUCAAGAGCCUGUCCGCAGCAAGUGAGAGUUUCCCCUGUCCGAUUUGCCAAAAACAGUGCUCCCUACCGAAGAAUGGCGUUGACGACUUGGAAGAUGAUGGCAGAGCCGAAGAGUGUGAUGAAGAACAGAUGACAACUGAGUCUGUCGCUUGCCUUAUCUGUGGCAUCAAGGGUACUGCAACUGAAGCUGAGAGUUUAUGUCAGGAAUGUGGUAAUAUGUACUUAUGCCUAGCUUGCACUCACGUUCACGAAAAAAAUAAAGCAACCGCAUCACACGUGGUGAUCUCCGUGGCGUCUGCUAAAGGUAAAACUGGAGGAAGCUGCCGAAAGCAUAACGAAUUAUUUGGGAGCUAUUGCUGUACUUGUGAGAAACCUUGUUGUCGUGUGUGUGUGUUUCUUGACCACGGAGACCACGAGGUGAAGAAGAUCUGGGAGGUAUUCCGCAGCAUACUGCAGGAAGUGCAACGGGUAUCUGAAGAGUACGAGAACAGAUCAAAACACAUGAAAAGGUACGAGGAACAGAUGAAGUUUCUGAAAAACUGUGAGGUUUCAAGCAAAAGAGAUGUCCUCAUACGAGAGAUCGAAGACCACUCUGAGACAUGCAUCCAGCAGAUUAUAAAACAGAAAGAGGAGUUAAAGCAGAAGGUCCUUCAAGACUUCCAGGUUGUGAGGGACGUAUAUGGCUGGCUUGAGAAGAUCCCAGCAUUGAACAAGCUCGACGAAGCAGUCACUAAAUCGAAGACUUUGCUACUCGAGGCGGAGGCUCAUCCCCGUGACAUCGAGAAGCUAUCGGUCAUAAUACGGCAGAUCAUGGACUCGGAAUUGCCUGAAAAUACUAGCGUGGAAAAGUACAUGGAGUCAUUUACAAGGCUAUUUAGAAAGCCUCCCCAAUUUGUUCCAAACAUUACUGCUCAGAGCAUUGGAGGACUUAUGCCAGGUACUCCAAGGAGCAAUGCAAGUAUUGAGAAGCGUGAGCUAGUCUACGAAAAGGAACUCCCCGUUGAUGAUGAAGAUAAGUACAUUCCAUGUGUAGCCAAGCUUAGCAAUGAUCUCUACGCCGUCGGACAUCCAACAGUCCCAGGCACACCAUCGAAGGCACUUGACAUCUACAAGCUUCCUGGUGACUUGCAGCGCACCAUCACUGACCAUGUCAAUCCAGUGUACGAUAUCGCUGCCACCCCUGACGGCAACCUCGCAGUCCUCUCUGAUGGACAGACACAGGACUCGUGCAGUGUGCGAAUUUUUGAUCCAGCGACUGGACAGAUGAAGACGACACAGGAUGUCCAGGUUCGAAGCCCUAUCUCAUUCGACGUGAACCUCUGUCACGAGUAUGUUGUCCUCAGUCACACUGAAGAUGGCAAUAAAAAGGUCACUAUUGUCGACGUAAGUGGAUCAGUUGAGUACACAAAAGUAGUUGAUAAGUCGGUCAUCCCAGAUGCCUCGAGGAUAGCGUGCUGCGGAGGAGCCACUGUCCUUAUGGGGCGAGAUAUGAUAUGUGAUGCCAUGGAUUGUAGGCAAUUGCAUUCCGAUAACUGGAUAACUUAUAUGGACAUAUCAGCGACCUGGUUCGGGGAGGUUACUUCAUGUUGCGGGUUCCUUAACGAACACAUGUUAAUGAGGGUCAGUUUAGAUCAUGGUAAGCUGCAGGAUAUGUGGUGUACCGAGAAAUGUAGGAUAGACAGAGGAAAAAAAGGUGAGGCCAGACUUUCUGUGGUAGGAGGCUACAUAGUUUCGUCACAGGAUCAUACAAUAAGGGUGUUUAAAGAUGGUUGAAUGAUUGUACAAAAUGGCCAAGUGUGAUCAUGUACUAUACCGAAGGACCAGUUCAAUUCAUGUAAUGCCUCAUACCAGUACCACACCCAACAAUAAUUUUAAAAACCGUCAGAUACAGGUACACCUUAAAACCUGCUGACCAUUUAAGUCUACCUUUUUUACUCCUUCGUCAUUAUAUACAAAAUCAACAGGCGGAGUAUAUUGAAAACCAGUGCUUAUGCCAGGAUUUUAAGUGUGUAAGCGUGUCAUCUUGACCUUACACACAUGGUAAUUGAAAUGUUUCGUGCGGUAGAUAUUUUAGGUCGCCAGGAUUUGGAAGUGGUCUAUGACAUUAUAUGUUAGGCUGGCAACCAUCAGGGAAGUAAUGGUAGCAAGUGUGAAAAAUGUUUUCGGUAACAUUUUAGAGAAUAAAAAGACCUUAGACGAUC